AUGGAUCGUGUAUGCAAACUCAACAUCAAUUUGACGAAUAUAUCAAUACCAGCCAUCAUAAAAAAGAAUGAUUCAAAUGCGUCAGUCUUGUUUCCCAAUGUGAUCAAUGUCAAUGUUGUCUUAGACGGGGACAGGCCACUCGGAUCUAUUCAAUAUCUUUCGACACUCGUCGAUUUUUCACGAUUACAAACUAUAUCGGUUCGUCUACCAAAUUAUUUUACAUUAGAUAUGAAUCCAGUUGACAAUAUUGGAAUUCUACUAGAACGAGCAUUCAAUGUUCGUUCAUUUGCUAUACGUACUAGUUGUGUUAAUGAUGUUUCUAUUGCAAAUAUCAAAGGUAUUUGUUCCAUAUUACCGAGACAUGUACGACAUUUUCAAGUUAAUACUCGAUUGUUUGAACAAAUGAAAGAGAUUCUUGAGCAAGUCCAACACAUAUCGAGUAUUUCAUUUAGAUCCCCAGGAUAG